AUGUCUUUGGUUGCUACAACAAAAACAAAUCUAGAGGAGCAUUCUCCCAGUGUGGGGUUAGAGCACAAUCGGAAAUCUGCAGAAUGCAAGAGGAGCCUUGGCCUGGAUGAUUUUCCCAGGAACAUUAACACUGCUGAGAAAAGUGUUGAUUAUAGUCAGUCUCAGUGUUCCAGCAGAAAUUCAAGUUCUCGCUAUGAUUACUCAGAAGACUUUCUCUCGGACUAUUCAGAAACAGCUGUUAAUAGAAAUUACCUAGAGCAGCCUUUGGUAAAAGAAAAGAAGGAGAAGAAAAAGUAUGCUUCUAUACUCUCUGAACCCAGAGGUCCUAAGGAAAUAUCAUCUGGAAAAAAGCCAAAGUGGAAUACAUCUUUUUUCAAUGCUCAAACCAAUACAAUUAUCCAAAGAAGAGAUGUUAUGGCUCAUCGCAUAUUGUCGGCAAGACUCUGUAAGAUUAAAGAACUGAAAAAUGAUUUAGCCGAUCUACAUCGUAAAUUGGAAGCAACAGUCAUAGAAAACCAAUUUUUGAAACAACUUCAGUUUAGGCACUUAAAAGCUAUAGGAAAAUAUGAGAAUUCACAGAAUAAUCUCCCUCAAAUUAUGAUUAAACAUCAGAAUGAAGUGAAAAAUCUAAGGCAGCUACUUAGGAAAUCCCAGGAAAAGGAAAGAAUGGUGUCUCGGAAACUUAGAGAAGCCGACAGUGAGCUAUUGAAGACUAAGGAUGCCUUACAGGCACUGCAGAAACUUUCUGAAGAUAAAAAUCUGGCAGAGAGGGAAGAACUUACUCAAAAGUUAACUGUUCUUACAACAAAAUUGGAGGCAAAUGACAAAAAAAUACAGAACUUGGAAAAACAACUGAGGUUGAAUAAGAAAGCCUUUAAUCGGCAGUUGGCUAUUGAGAACCGGAAGACAUUAGCAGCCCAAACGGCUACAAAGGCUCUACAAAUGGAAGUAAAACGCCUGCUUCAAAAGCUUAAGGAGAAAGAUCGAGAGCUUGAAAUUAAAAACAUCUAUACUAAUCGAAUACUUCAAAAUUUGCAUGACAAAGAUGAUUAUCCAAAAGUUUCUUCAACAAAAUCAGUACAAGCAGACAGGAGAAGUUUUCCAUUUACAAGUAUGAAACACCAGGAAACUCAAAAAUCAGAUGUCCCCUUAUUGACAACUAAGAGUAAAAAGACAACCGUAAGCCUUGCUCAUAAGGAAAAAUCAACUGAAUUAAACAGUGAAAUUCUGCACUAUAUCAGUAAACUACAAAAUCAAGAUUCUAAGAAAAGGCAUGAAGAUUUAUCUCUGGAAAAGGUACAUCUAGAAGUACAGGCACCUGUAGAAAAUAUUGACAAAAAGCCAAGAGAGAAAAAGGAAAAUCAAGACAAGCAAACCACCUUAACUAUUGAAGAGCAAGCGCUACCAUCAAAAACUAUCCCAGUCAUUCAUCCCCAAGAGGACAGGUAUCAAGAAGGUGACACAGAAACAGGAAAGUCUGAGAGUCUAGAAACCAAUGACAUGAAUGAAAUACCUGGUAAGUACGCGGUCCCAAACUCCAAAACAUCCUUCCGACAAAGAAAGCAUUACUCAUUCACAGAAACGAUUGAAAACUUGCACCAGGGCCUUCCUACUUCAAGUGGACCAGCCAACAUAAGCAUCACAAGAAGCAAACAGCGCAGUAACACAGAACUGAAGUUAGAACCCAGUGGGUAUGAGCCCUCUUUUGGUAAGUCUUGCAGAACAAAAGCAAAAAGCACAACUUUUAGAGACAAGAAAACCAACCUAAUGGAAGAACUCUUUGGAUCAGGCAAUGUCUUGAAAGAUGACGACACAAGCCCUGCUGCGAAAAGGCCGGAGGAGCCUGUGAGAAGUGAAAAGACGCACCAGCUGCCGCCCAGUCAGGUCUCCGCCAGCAACGCGUUCGGAGAUUCUAAAGUAACUGUUGUAAAUCCUAUUAAGUCAUCUUCACCCCAGGAAGGCAAAAGAAAAAUAAUUAUUUGA